GGCGCUCGAAUAGGCUGCAGCUGCCAUCCGAAGCUAGGUCGAGGCGCUUCUAGUCAGACUGGGGGCUCCCGUCGCAUAACACCUGACCCACUGGGCGCACGGCCCGGGCCAGCGCACCACACCAGCGGUCGCAGGGUCCGCACGCGUCGCCUCUCGGGAUCGCCGGGCGCCCAGUAAGCCUCUGCUGUCCAUCUCCACCCGAGCCAGCCAAUCGCCUGCCACUGCCCCGGCCGCACCUCCCGGAAUCUCUGAUGGGCGUGAGGGCCAGCCUAUGAGAUUGGGAGCCUGUGGGUCUGGGCCGGGAGUGGGAGCCAAUGAGCAUCAUUCCAGAGGCAAUUGCUCUUGGAUCCUUCUGUUUACAAUGGCACAGAGAACUGGACUGGAGGAUCCGGAGAGGUAUCUCUUUGUGGACAGGGCUGUCAUCUACAACCCUGCCACUCAAGCUGAUUGGACAGCUAAAAAGCUAGUGUGGAUUCCAUCAGAACGCCAUGGUUUUGAGGCAGCUAGUAUCAAAGAAGAACGAGGAGACGAAGUUAUGGUGGAGUUGGCAGAAAAUGGGAAGAAAGCGAUGGUCAACAAAGAUGACAUUCAGAAGAUGAACCCACCUAAGUUUUCCAAGGUGGAGGAUAUGGCAGAGUUGACGUGCUUGAAUGAAGCUUCUGUCUUACAUAACCUGAAGGACCGCUAUUAUUCAGGACUUAUAUACACUUAUUCUGGACUCUUCUGUGUAGUCAUAAAUCCUUACAAGAACCUUCCAAUUUACUCUGAGAAUAUCAUUGAAAUGUACAGAGGGAAGAAACGUCAUGAGAUGCCUCCACACAUCUAUGCUAUAUCUGAAUCUGCCUACAGAUGCAUGCUUCAAGAUCGUGAGGACCAGUCAAUUCUUUGCACGGGUGAAUCGGGUGCUGGGAAGACAGAAAAUACUAAGAAAGUCAUUCAGUACCUUGCCCAUGUUGCCUCUUCACAUAAAGGAAGAAAAGAUCAUAAUAUUCCUCAGGACUCACCUAAACCUGUGAAACACCAGGGGGAACUUGAACGGCAGCUUUUGCAAGCAAACCCAAUUCUGGAAUCAUUUGGAAAUGCGAAGACUGUGAAAAAUGAUAACUCAUCUCGUUUUGGCAAGUUUAUUCGGAUCAACUUUGAUGUAACUGGCUAUAUUGUUGGGGCCAACAUUGAAACAUACCUUCUGGAAAAGUCUCGUGCUGUUCGUCAAGCAAAAGAUGAACGUACUUUUCAUAUCUUUUACCAGUUGCUAUCUGGGGCAGGAGAACACCUGAAGUCUGAUUUACUCCUUGAAGGAUUUAAUAACUACAGAUUUCUCUCCAAUGGCUAUAUUCCUAUCCCGGGCCAGCAAGACAAGGAUAACUUUCAGGAGACCAUGGAAGCAAUGCACAUAAUGGGCUUCUCUCACGAAGAGAUUCUGUCCAUGCUUAAAGUAGUAUCUUCAGUGCUACAGUUUGGAAAUAUUUCUUUCAAAAAGGAGAGAAAUACUGAUCAAGCUUCCAUGCCAGAGAAUACAGUUGCACAGAAGCUCUGCCAUCUGCUUGGGAUGAAUGUGAUGGAGUUCACUCGGGCCAUACUCACUCCCCGGAUCAAGGUCGGCCGAGACUAUGUGCAGAAAGCCCAGACCAAAGAACAAGCAGAUUUUGCAGUAGAAGCAUUGGCAAAAGCUACCUAUGAGCGGCUCUUUCGCUGGCUCGUUCACCGGAUCAAUAAGGCUCUGGAUAGAACCAAACGUCAGGGAGCAUCUUUCAUUGGAAUCCUGGAUAUUGCUGGAUUUGAAAUUUUUGAGCUCAACUCCUUUGAGCAGCUGUGCAUCAACUACACCAACGAGAAGCUGCAGCAGCUGUUCAACCAUACCAUGUUCGUGCUGGAGCAGGAGGAGUACCAGCGCGAGGGCAUCGAGUGGAACUUCAUCGACUUCGGCCUCGACCUGCAGCCCUGCAUCGACCUCAUCGAGAGGCCAGCUAACCCUCCUGGUGUCCUGGCCCUUCUGGAUGAAGAGUGCUGGUUCCCUAAAGCCACAGAUAAAACCUUUGUUGAAAAACUGGUUCAGGAGCAAGGAUCCCACUCCAAGUUUCAGAAACCUCGGCAACUGAAAGACAAAGCGGACUUUUGCAUUAUACAUUAUGCAGGGAAGGUGGACUAUAAGGCAGAUGAGUGGCUGAUGAAGAACAUGGACCCUCUGAAUGACAAUGUGGCCACCCUCCUACACCAGUCUUCGGACAGAUUUGUGGCUGAGCUCUGGAAGGAUGAGAUUCAGAAUAUUCAGAGAGCUUCUUUCUAUGACAGUGUUUCUGGUCUUCAUGAGCCACCAGUGGACCGCAUUGUGGGUCUAGAUCAAGUCACUGGUAUGACCGAAACGGCUUUUGGCUCUGCAUAUAAAACCAAGAAAGGUAUGUUUCGCACUGUCGGGCAGCUCUACAAAGAAUCCCUCACCAAGCUGAUGGCAACUCUCCGAAACACGAACCCGAACUUUGUUCGCUGUAUCAUUCCAAAUCACGAGAAGCGGGCUGGAAAACUGGAUCCUCACCUAGUGUUAGAUCAGCUUCGCUGUAACGGUGUCCUGGAAGGGAUCAGGAUCUGUCGCCAAGGGUUCCCCAAUCGGAUAGUUUUCCAGGAAUUCAGACAAAGAUAUGAGAUCCUAACUCCCAAUGCUAUUCCCAAAGGUUUCAUGGAUGGCAAACAGGCUUGUGAACGAAUGAUCCGGGCUUUAGAGUUGGACCCAAACUUAUAUAGAAUUGGACAGAGCAAAAUAUUUUUCAGAGCCGGAGUUUUGGCACACUUAGAAGAAGAGAGAGAUUUAAAAAUCACCGAUAUCAUUAUCUUCUUCCAGGCGGUCUGCAGAGGUUACCUUGCCAGAAAGGCUUUUGCCAAGAAGCAACAGCAGCUCAGUGCACUAAAGGUCCUGCAGCGGAACUGCGCCGCCUACCUGAAGCUUCGGCACUGGCAGUGGUGGCGAGUCUUCACCAAGGUGAAGCCUCUCCUACAAGUGACUCGCCAGGAGGAGGAGCUUCAGGCCAAAGAUGAAGAGCUGCUGAAGGUGAAGGAGAAGCAGACAAAGGUGGAAGGGGAGCUGGAGGAGAUGGAGAGAAAGCAUCAGCAGCUCUUAGAAGAGAAGAAUAUCCUUGCAGAACAACUACAAGCAGAAACUGAGCUUUUUGCUGAAGCAGAAGAGAUGAGAGCAAGACUUGCUGCCAAAAAGCAGGAAUUGGAGGAGAUUCUCCAUGACCUGGAGUCCAGAGUGGAAGAAGAAGAAGAGAGAAACCAAAUCCUUCAAAAUGAAAAGAAAAAAAUGCAAGCACACAUUCAGGACCUGGAAGAGCAGCUAGAUGAGGAAGAAGGGGCCCGGCAGAAGCUGCAGCUGGAGAAGGUGACGGCAGAGGCUAAAAUCAAGAAGAUGGAAGAGGAGAUUCUCCUUCUUGAGGACCAAAACUCCAAGUUUGUCAAAGAGAAGAAACUCAUGGAAGAUCGCAUUGCUGAGUGUUCCUCUCAGCUGGCUGAAGAGGAAGAAAAGGCAAAAAACUUAGCCAAAAUCAGGAAUAAGCAAGAAGUGAUGAUCUCAGACUUGGAAGAACGCUUGAAGAAGGAAGAGAAGACUCGUCAGGAACUAGAAAAGGCCAAGAGGAAACUUGAUGGUGAAACAACUGACCUGCAGGACCAGAUUGCUGAGCUCCAAGCCCAGGUCGAUGAGCUCAAAAUCCAGCUAGCCAAGAAGGAGGAGGAGCUUCAGGGGGCAUUGGCCAGAGGUGACGAUGAGACACUGCACAAGAAUAAUGCACUGAAAGUUGUGCGAGAGCUGCAGGCCCAAAUUGCCGAACUUCAGGAAGACUUUGAGUCUGAGAAGGCUUCACGGAACAAGGCAGAAAAGCAGAAAAGGGACUUGAGUGAGGAGCUGGAAGCUCUGAAAACAGAGCUGGAGGACACUCUGGACACCACAGCAGCCCAGCAGGAACUUCGCACCAAACGGGAACAGGAGGUGGCAGAGCUGAAGAAAGCUCUUGAGGAAGAAACUAAGAACCAUGAAGCUCAAAUCCAGGACAUGAGACAAAGACAUGCAACAGCACUGGAGGAGCUCUCUGAGCAGCUGGAGCAGGCCAAGAGGUUCAAAGCGAAUCUGGAGAAGAACAAGCAGGGCCUCGAGACAGACAACAAGGAGCUGGCAUGUGAGGUGAAGGUGCUGCAACAGGUCAAGGCCGAGUCUGAACACAAGAGGAAGAAGCUCGAUGCCCAGGUCCAGGAGCUCCAUGCCAAGGUCUCAGAAGGAGACAGGCUCCGGAUGGAGCUGGCCGAGAAAGCAAAUAAGCUGCAGAAUGAGUUGGAUAAUGUCUCAACCCUUCUGGAAGAAGCAGAGAAGAAAGGUGUUAAAUUUGCUAAGGAUGCAGCUAGCCUAGAGUCUCAACUACAGGAUACACAGGAGCUCCUUCAGGAGGAGACACGCCAAAAACUGAACCUGAGCAGCCGGAUCCGGCAGCUGGAAGAAGAGAAGAAUAGUCUUCAAGAGCAGCAGGAGGAGGAGGAAGAGGCCAGGAAGAACCUGGAGAAGCAGGUGUUAGCCCUGCAGUCCCAGUUGGCUGAUACCAAGAAGAAAGUAGAUGAUGAUUUAGGAACCAUCGAGAGUUUGGAAGAAGCCAAAAAGAAGCUUCUGAAAGAUGUGGAGGCACUGAGCCAGCGCCUGGAAGAGAAGGCACUAGCUUAUGACAAGCUGGAAAAGACCAAGAACCGCCUGCAGCAGGAGCUCGACGACCUAACAGUGGACCUGGAUCACCAGCGCCAGAUCGUCUCCAACUUGGAGAAGAAGCAGAAGAAAUUCGAUCAGCUGUUAGCAGAAGAGAAGAACAUUUCUGCUCGCUAUGCAGAAGAGCGGGACCGGGCAGAAGCAGAGGCCAGAGAGAAAGAAACUAAAGCCCUGUCCCUGUCCCGGGCCCUCGAGGAAGCCCUGGAGGCCAAGGAGGAGUUUGAGAGGCAGAACAAGCAGCUCCGAGCAGACAUGGAAGACCUGAUGAGCUCCAAAGAUGAUGUGGGGAAGAAUGUUCAUGAACUUGAGAAAUCCAAGCGGGCCCUAGAGCAGCAGGUAGAAGAAAUGAGGACCCAGCUAGAGGAGCUAGAAGAUGAGCUCCAGGCCACAGAGGAUGCCAAGCUCCGCCUGGAGGUCAACAUGCAGGCCAUGAAGGCCCAGUUUGAGAGGGACUUGCAAACCAGAGAUGAGCAGAAUGAAGAGAAGAAGCGGCUGCUGAUCAAACAGGUUCGGGAGCUUGAGGCAGAGCUGGAGGACGAGCGGAAACAACGGGCCCUUGCUGUGGCUGCAAAGAAGAAGAUGGAGAUAGACCUGAAGGACCUGGAAGCUCAGAUAGAAGUUGCGAACAAAGCUCGGGACGAAGUAAUCAAGCAGCUUCGCAAACUUCAGGCUCAGAUGAAGGAUUACCAACGUGAAUUAGAAGAAGCUCGUGCGUCCCGAGAUGAGAUUUUUGCUCAAUCCAAAGAAAGUGAAAAGAAACUGAAGAGUCUGGAAGCAGAGAUCCUUCAAUUGCAAGAGGAACUAGCCUCAUCUGAGCGCGCCCGCCGACAUGCUGAGCAGGAGAGAGAUGAGCUGGCUGAUGAGAUCGCCAACAGCGCUUCUGGCAAGUCCGCACUGCUGGAUGAGAAGCGGCGUCUAGAGGCCCGGAUCGCACAGCUGGAGGAGGAGCUGGAAGAAGAGCAGAGCAACAUGGAGCUGCUCAAUGAUCGCUUCCGAAAGACCACUCUACAGGUGGACACACUGAACACAGAGUUGGCAGCUGAGCGCAGUGCAGCCCAAAAGAGUGACAAUGCACGUCAGCAACUGGAGCGACAGAACAAGGAACUGAAAGCCAAGCUGCAAGAGCUGGAAGGUGCUGUCAAGUCCAAGUUCAAGGCAACCAUCUCAGCCCUGGAAGCCAAAAUUGGGCAACUGGAAGAGCAGCUUGAGCAGGAAGCCAAGGAACGAGCAGCUGCCAACAAACUGGUUCGUCGCACUGAAAAGAAGCUGAAAGAAAUCUUCAUGCAGGUUGAAGAUGAGCGUCGACAUGCUGAUCAGUAUAAAGAGCAAAUAGAGAAGGCCAACGCCAGGAUGAAGCAACUGAAACGCCAGCUGGAGGAGGCCGAAGAGGAAGCCACACGCGCAAAUGCAUCUCGGCGAAAGCUCCAGCGGGAACUGGAUGAUGCUACCGAGGCCAACGAGGGCCUGAGCCGUGAGGUCAGCACACUGAAGAACCGACUGAGGCGGGGUGGCCCUAUCAGCUUUUCUUCGAGCCGGUCUAGCCGGCGCCAGCUGCACAUUGAGGGGGCUUCCCUGGAGCUGUCAGAUGAUGACACAGAAAGUAAGACCAGCGAUGUCAACGAGACACAGCCACCCCAGUCUGAAUAGUCACAGGAAGCCAGAGGCAGCGGUACAGUGGGACACACAGGAACUCAUCCACCGCCAGCCUGCCUGGUGCCUCCUACAGAUUUUGGAAUCGGCAAGCUUCAGGAUUCCUUCUGGAAAGAUCAACUGUGUCUUCAGGCUCUCAGCCUACACAGACUGUAUCCUGCUUCAAUUAGGUACAAUUGCUCCCCUUUUUAUAUAUAUACAUACACAAGACACAUAUUAAACAGAUUGUUUCAUCAUUGCAUCUAUUUUCCAUAUAUUCAUCAAGAGACCAUUUUAUAAUACAUGUUAAGAGGAGAACCCUUUUUAAAACAAACUCCAGUCCCUUCGUUGCCAGUCGCUGGGUCGUGCGGGCAGCCCCGUGGUCGUUGCUCAGUCGCUCUGCAUGCUGUUGUACAGACAGGUAACUUAGUUCUGUGUUCAUGUGGCCCUGACUCCUCAGCUACAUCCUGUCUCUUAGAACAUUGUGGAACCUAAACUGCACUUGUUUCUCUCAUAUCCUUCAAAUAAUGAUCACUAUUUCAGUGAGCAAACUGUGAAAGGGGCUUUGGAAAGAUUAGGAGGGGUGGGUUGGAAUGGGAGAAGCCACAUCCAUUUAGUGUUACCAUGCCUAUCUCCCACGAGGUAGCUCCGCCCCUCGAGUUGGUGGUGUCCCCGCAUCUACUCAUGUGAACCGUCUCUGGCCAGGGCUGGUUUGUGCAUAGAGAGGGUAGUGGCCAUGAUGCAGCUGAGGCCACAGGUGGCAGCCAUCAUAGUGACUUCCAGAUGGUCUCCUCAAGUGUCUGGUUUGGCCAAUGCCCUCCUCAUCCAGAAGCACGCAGCCGUGUGGCCCCACAGGAGCUAGCAGAAGGCCCUUCCUCGCCAGCCAGGCCCUCAAGCUGACCUUACAAAUUCAGCCACUGCUUUGAGCCCAAAAUGGGAAUGUUGGUUUUGUGUCUGAGGGUUUUGUGUCUGAGGCUUGUUCCAAGUUUAUCAGCGAGGUUUAGAGGACCUCAAGAACAGAUACCAUCUGCCUGAAUGUUGACAUGCCAGUGGGUGUGAAUCCUUUUUUCAUUUUUCCUUUUCCCUUCCCUUUGGACAGUUUAGCAUUCUGUUUUUGGUUGAUAGUUGAGCAAACUGACAUUACAGAAAGUGCCUUAGACACUACAGUACUAAGACAAUGUUAAAUAUAUCAUUUGCCUCUAUAACAAUUUAAUGUAUUAAGUUUUGACUAUGCUUCAUAUUAUGUACCUCUUCAGUCAAAGUGGUAUCAUAAACAUUCAGUGACAACAAAUCAGUGUUAAUGAUAAAUCCCUGAUCCUCUGCAAUGUGCUUGAAAACACAAACCUUUUGGGUUAAAAGCUUUAACAUCUGUUAGGAAGAAUUUGUCACGUGGGUUUGGAAUCUCUGAUUUCUCUCUGUAUGAAUUGUACUGGCUGUUGACCACCAGACACCUGACUGCAAAUAUCUUUUCUUGUAUUCCCAUAUUUCUAGACAAUGAUUUUUGUAAGACAAUAAAUUUAUUCAUUAUAGAUA